UGGGAUAAUUGAGCAAACCUGGGCAUAAUAGUCAAUUUCCCGUCCUCACGCCCGCUCCCCUUUCCCGCCGCGGCGCCGCCCCUUUCACUCUUGCCUUCGCUAACCCUGCCGCGACGCACUCGUCUUCAUCGAUCUUCUACCUUCUCGUGGUCUCAGGUGGUAGGAAAUUGAAGCGAUCCUACAAUGAGUUCGGGCUAUGGCUUCAUUGGUGAAACUUAUUAUGAUGUACUGUCUUUGAAACAUGAUGCUAGCUACGACGAAAUUCGAGCUAGCUACCGGUCUGCUCUCCUUAAUUUCCAUCCUGAUAAGUUACAAGCUAUGUGCCAGAAAUCUCAUCCUGACGACCUCUCAGGAGAGAGAUAUUUCAAGGUGCAGAAGGCUUGGGAAGUCCUCGGCAGCUCAACGUCUCGUGCAGCUUACGACAGAGAGCUCCAAGCUGCCAAAGGGGAUGCGAUGGGUGCAGAGAGCAUUAGCUUAGAGGAUAUGGUUGUGGAAGAUAAAGGUGAAGUUGUAGAACUCUUUUAUCAGUGCCGAUGUGGUGAUUACUUCUUUAUUGAUUCUGGGGAGUUGGAGGAAAUGGGAUAUCCAUUGUUGAGAAAUGGGAGUAAGGUUUCUUUAAGGACGCUGGAGGCUUUGCCUGCAUCUGUUGUUUUGCCAUGUGGUUCUUGCUCUUUGAAAGUUCGUUUGCUGAUUGAUUCAAGUGUUUUAAUUGAUUGUUAAAUUUCUUAUUAAAAAAAGAAGUGCUUCAAUUGCUUGUUGAGUCUGAAUGAUUCAAAUCGUAUUAAUUCUUUUAAA